AGUAACUAUGACAACGUUCAUAUGAUGCUCGCUCAUGACGCUCAUAUGUGAAAAAAAAUCAAGUGAAACAAUGAACAAAGUGAAACAAGAAGUGAAUUUCUCGAUAUAAAGUUGCAAUUAACAGCAUUUGCCAGAACUUGACCAGAUUUAUACUGAGGUCUUUGUGGAGCCUUUUUUCACGGCAUAAUCACGAACAGUAAUCGUUUGAGUCUCAAAGUUUAAUCACGCCAUACACUUGACAGCAAAACGACUCAAUCGUUCAAGAUGACUCUCAACCCUCAACUACAUGUUGAUCCCACCACGAUUCGCGACCCGAGUCUGGCGCCUUACAUCGCCGCCAGCACCGUCGGCAAGGUGACGGGUAGUGAGUUCGACGAGGCCGACGAGGUGCUGUCGACCGACACCACUGAAGCACUGCGAGAGGCCGCCAAGAAGCGUGCCGACACCUACGACGAAGAGGAUCCGCAGAGCAACAAGACGCCAGUAGCGCCGGUGGGGCUAUUGGCAAUGCACCUACUAAACAUGAAGAGCUUUGAUCAAACCGCCAAUGACGAGGACCUGUCAGAUCCAGGGUCUCGGUUCAAAAUACUGAUAUCCAUCGGCGACGUCUAUAAGGAAACGGGGUGGAAAAGAGGCUCGCACAAGCACUCCCACACGCGUGAGAAGGACAAGGUCGUCAACGUCCUCACCGGAGUGGCCGUGGAUGAGGUCAAACACUUCUCAUUGACAGUUCCUCAGCAGCUCUCUGACCCAAAGAACGUACUGAAGCUGGAAUUGUACAGAUCUCUGGCAAGUGACGGGCCAGCGGUGGAGCCGCGGAUCAUGGGCAUGGUGGAAGUGCACCUCCACGAGAUCAUCCAGGCCAUGAUGGUGAUUGACGUGCUGCCCCUGUCGCUGAACGGCAAACAUGUGGCCGACCUGUACCUCGAGUUCGCCUUCAUGUACGGCGCGCUGGGGUUCCACUAUUCCACUCAGCUGGAGAACCCCGGGUUCAACCCGAACCGGGACCUGGCACGGACCAUGUUCCCGCGUGUGGCGCUACCCGAGGACCGGGACGGAGAAGUGCUGUUACCGGUGCCCCAGCACCCGCCCGCCUUUGUGCCGUGGACCUGCUCGGUCACCACACACUGGGAUGAGGCGGUGCGGCGGGCGCCGGAAGGCCCUGAACCAACCACGCAGACCCGCUUCACUGAACGGGUCAGAAGUGAGGUGCGCCAUAUCCUGGAUGACUACGUGCCCCUCCGGUCCCGGGCAGAUCGACUCGCGUUUCUCCGGAAACUAGUCAGGGGAGCACCCGGUCCUGGACAGAGCGCGGACGCUGUCGGCGGCGGCGGCGGCGGCAGUGGUGGAGGUGGCGGUGGUAGCAGUGGUGGUGGGAAGGAGUCUGCCGGGGCGUCGCCCGGUCCUUCCACCAAGCAGCCGGACCGCAAAAGACCAGACGCAGACCAGUGGCGGACCACUUUGUCGGAGCCGGAGCCGGGUCCGGACCAGAGAGACCGCGGACCGCCGGCCGCACGGUCCGAUCAAACAGGCGGGGUUUGUUUCAGCUCAGCUGAGACAGAGCAGCGGCUCGACGAGCACUCUGAUGCCGGUGCUGGUGUCUCGGACGGCGCCGGCCCCUGGCCCGGGGUCCGCCGGCUGGUCGUCGCCACCCAGCCCGGCCAGCAGCAGCGCUGGGCUGGCCCAGCAGCAGUCUCAGCAGCAGCCUCAGCAGCUUCAGCAGCCGGUCAGCCGGCCGAGCCGGCCCAGCGACACGGAGCCAGCAGCCCUCGGACCGCAGCGCUCCGGCAGCAGCGCCGCCAAAAUAAUGGCUCCUAAGCAGAUUCGCCGGGCUCCCCUGCGGCGGCCGGCGGGGGAUUCCUCAUCAUCAGUCGUCAAACCGGAAGAAGAGGACACCAGUCUCUCUGCCGACACCGCUGUGGAAAUUCAGUGACGUCUUACAGGCAGGCCCCAUGCCGAGAGUGACGCGCCAGUCCGUGACGUGUGUGACGCUGUGACGCAGAACACGACUCUAUGCGGAACGUUCGGCAGUGACGCCGCCGUACUUUUUGCUCGUUUAGUUUCGGUUGUGAAAUCGAAAUCAAUCUUUCUGUUUGUUGAUAUGUGUGAGCUUCGUCGUCAGUUGGAUUUGCCCGGCGAGAAUGACCAGGGAUCUACGCUGAGUAGAUUAAUUGUAGUCAUUCUCGCUGUAUACUUGAUGUGCUGAUAAAUGACGCGCAUGCUGUCAGCAGCCGGAAGGGAAGACCGCAAUACGAUGUGCUAUGCUCUCGUGCAUAUUGUGUAUAAUUACGUUUUGGUGUAUAAUGUGUAAUUAUUAAUCACUGUCUUGCAUGUGUUCAGUGCAUAUAAGUAAAAUGUAUAGAAUAAAAUGAGGUAUGAGGGCAACACAA